ACGUUUGAUGCUUUUUGUCUCUGCGGUCUUGAAUGGCUUGCCACUGGACACCGAUCUCAAAUGCUAACUGCAUCCAGAGGGCAUAUUUUCACAUCUUAAUACUACUACCUAGCGGACUCGCUAUAUAUGUUACUGAAUUGAAGACAAUCCAAUACAAUUGGUUUGAUAGAAUGAGACUUGAAGAUCCAUCGUCGCUGUUCUAUCUGCCUACACGUAGAAUCCAACAGUGCACGUGCUAUCGAGCUCCCAUAUCCGGACCAUGGCCAAGCGGAGAAACUAACCGGAUGAGGAAGCUCCAAGUCCAACGAUGCCCAUAGCCGAGAUCCAGAACUCGAGGGGUCCGACUCCCUUCGCAAACUCAACACUCUCCCUGAUCGUUGCAGAAAACUACAGGACAGUACAGUACACUGAGUCUUCAUCAUGUCUACAGAUUCAAAGGAUGCUGCUGCCCGGGAUCGCAUCAUCAAGCACAUGAAUGCUGAUCACCAUGACUCGGUCCAAAGAUACAUCGAGGUGACGAACACAACCUUCUUCUGGCAGCUCCGCGACGCAAAGAUGACCGACAUCGACGUCGACGGAAUGAAGUUCAGCUACUCCGGCGGAUCCAAGACCGCCACCGUUACCUUCGACCCACCCUUGAAGUCCCUCAGUGAGGCACGCGAGCGCCUCGUCGCCCUCGAUAAGGAAACCAUGAAGAAGCUCAGCCGCAGCGAUGUCACCAUGACCACGUUCAUUCCACCCUACGUCAAGAUCGGACACCUGAUCAAUUGGCUUGUGUGUUUCUCGACGUAUGCCCUGCUCUCGACCGCAAGCUUCCUCCGCCCCGGUGGACUUCCAUACGACCUCUUCCUACACAAGUAUCCGGAGUUCACUGCGUUCCUCCUGUCGGCGAGAGGUUGGAUCUUCUGGAUCAUGGUUGCCAUUCACGGGUUUGAGGCUGGCGCCAUGGGUACGAGACUGGAGCAGCAUGGCGUGCAACCCGACCAGGGCAUCUGGUGGGCGUGGGUCGCGACCUGCUUUGUGGAGGGCAUCACAAGCACUUGGCGAUUCAACUCUUUCAUCGAUAAGAAGAGGAAGGAGAAGGAUGCCGCCGCGAAGAAGCACUAAACGCUCUCGAAGCCGUUUUCCGCCUCCUGAGUAUGUGGACACGACGCUGUGGGGGGAGGUCA